UAGGAAAAGCUGCUGCUGCACCGAGGUUCCUUACCGGCCUGCGGAGCCUGGUGGUUCCAUUCUUCACUUGCAGAGUCACUGGAAAACUGACAGCUUGUCUGACGGCUCCCCAUGUCACGUGACCCCACGUGACUCCCAGAGCCCGCCCGUUCGUGGAGGUCUGUUGCCCUGACAACAGCUGGCCUGCCGGGACUUUCCGGAAAGCGCGGGCUCCCGGUAGCAGUGUUUCCAGUGCCUUAAGUACUUUUAGGAUGCUUUCUGUGUGAAGUGAAAAUUACUCACUAUGGCUCGCUAUUCCAAAGAAGAACUUGAUGAAGAAUUUGAACAAUUUAUGAAGGAGCUUUCAGAUGAUUCUUUUGAAAAUUCAAACCAAACACCUAGACAACCAAGAAAAGAAAUGAAGGAGAAAGAUACAGUGCCUUGGUGGAUAACUGAAGAUGAUUUUGAUGAUGGACUGCUUGGGACAAAUGUGAGCUAUUUGAAGACAAAGAAGACUUCUCAGCCUAUUAUGGACUCAGAAGAGGAGUCUGCUGAGAAAGCUCAAUUUCUUAAGAGCAGUGGCACCUCCAUCUUAAGUGUUGACAGCCUAGAAGCCAAUGAAUUAGUCGUAUCUGAGCUCCAUCAUAGUACCCUGGGGUUGGGGUUGGACACAUUAGAAGAACAAGAAGAGAAGGAGCAGUUCUUUGCCAGACUUGAAAAAGGCUUGACAUCUUCUAUUGAUUAUUCCAAAUUAAAUCAAGAACUGGAUUCUGAUGACUCCACACAAUUCAGAGCUUUACAUAGUUAUCACACUAACACAGAACCAGCUGAAGAUGGACAUGAGAAUGAAUCAGAACAUGAGGGACUGCCAGAAACAUACAGUGAUGAUUUUGAAGAUGCAGAGGAUGUUGAUGCACAUUUGAUUACUAAAGAUGAAGAGACCCAUCCCAAGGAAAACUCAGAGUCAGGAAAAGCUAAUGUUCCCACACAGGAGGAAGAGAAAACUGGAAUGCUGGCUAAUGUUGUGCUGCUCGAUUCUUUAGACUCUGUUGAGGAUGUCGAUCUUCCUGAUCAAAAGAAAGAAAGCCCUAAAGCAAAGGCCCUCCCAGAAAUGACUGGUGGGGAGCUAGCGGGAACAGGCGCUUCUUAUGGCCAGAGCAGUGGGGACACCGAAGCCCUGCACCAGGCUUACUGUCAUAUAGCUCAUUCUCUGGGGGACACAGACGAACCAAGAAUUGAGGCCAGCACUAUGGGAAAUGUCAAGAGCGCCGGAAAAGAUCAUCUUCAAGAAAAUGAAGAGUCUUCAAAGAACAUUUCUACCACAGAAUCCGAUCUGCCCACAGUAGAGGAGCUGAUGAAACCCAUCAGGAUAGACUCCUAUGGGGUCAGUGGCUUUGACUUGUCACCCAUCAGCCUUAGGAAAGCAGCUGAGGGUAAAGAAGGGGGCUCUGUGAGCUCUUUACCCCUUAAGACGAACGCGAGCACUGUGACUGAAGACCUCACUCCCGCGAGCCCAUUUCCCCACCACGACGACCAGAGUGCCGCUUCACACAGGACAGUGGGUGCCAGCGUGGGCGGCGGCUGUCUGGCAGCAACUGGCGUGGAAGAGCGUUUGGACAAAAUGUACCUUGAGAUUUUGAGGAAAAAAACAACCGUUAACCCUUCACUCUUACCUCAGGAUGACAAAACGAGCCAGGCUUCCAGGACCCAGCUCAGUGCUGGGGAAGAGGGACCUGUAACUGGCAAACAGGUUCUGUACAAGAAGGUCAGAAGUGCACCUCCUCUGCUUAAGAGAAAGCCACAGAGUGGACUGUAUGUUUCCACACGCAGCUCAGGCUACGGCAAACCCAGUUCACCGCUCCAGUUACUUUCUGCUCUUGAAAAGAAAACUUCAAAGGACAGUACAAAAAGUAAAAACGUGAGGGCCAUUCCCACCUCACGUCAGUUUAGGAGAAAAGAAAUAUUAUCUGGAACAAAACUCAUCAAGCCUGCAGCUUUGAAUAAACCAUCCCCUCAAAGUGAAGGUAGCCUAGCUACACCUAAGAGGCCUGAAGAUGCCACAGCUGACUCCGCUGUCCAGUUUCAGACUGAGCCUUCAGGGUCCUCUGGCGGGAACAGAGAGAAAGAAUUGCUAAUGUUGAAAAGAGCUCAGGAUGCAGAGGAAAAAUGGAGGGGUGCAGAAGCCCUAAUUGAACAAAUUAAAAUCACAUUCUCAGCAAAGGAGAAGGAGCUGGAGAACACACUGGAGAAUCUGAAGAGACAGCAGGAAAGGGAGCUCUUCAAACUGAACCAAGAAAACUACAUUCUUCAGGCCAAGUUAAGUAGCCUUGAAGAAACAAGCAGGAAGCAGAGAUGGCUGCAGCUUGGAGAAACCUCGGAUCCCAUCACUGGAGAAAAACUGAAACAAAUCCAAAAAGAGAUACAGGAACAAGAGACACUUCUUCAAGGAUAUCAGCAGGAAAAUGAAAGAUUGUAUAAUCAAGUAAAAGAUCUCCAGGAACAAAAUAAGAAAAACGAAGAGCGAAUGUUUAAGGAAAAUCAGAAUUUAUUUAGUGAGUUAGCCUCUUUAAAAGAACAGAUGCACAAGGAUCGUUUCCUGUCUCAAGUAGUUGGAAAUGCAGAACCCAUCAAAAACCAGAGUUUUACAGAUGUGCUAGCCGAAUUACGGGUGGUACAGAAAGAGAAAAGCCAUCUGAUGGAAGACAUCAAGAGACUGAAGCAAGACAAACAAGCUCUGGAAGUGGACUUGGGAAAAGUGAAGAAAGAGAGGGACCAGGCCAAAGAUCAGAUUGCUUAUGCCACAGGUGAAAAAUUAUAUGAAAUAAAAAUCUUAGAAGAAACACAUAAACAAGAAGUCACUCGUCUGCAGAAGCGGUUACAGUGGUACGCCGAGAAUCAGGAGCUUCUAGAUAAAGAUGCAGCUCGUCUCCGAGAGGCCAAUGAAGAAGCUGAGAAGCUGAAACUCGAGAUUGAAAAACUGAAAACUGAGUCUGGGAGCCCGACCACUCAGCAGAGGUUACGCUCGAAGGAAAGAGCUCUGGAUGCCAAAAGAAUUCAGGAUCUGGAGCGGCAGGUUAAAGAAAUGGAAGGAAUUCUGAAGAGAAGGUACCCCAACUCUUUACCUGCUUUGAUACUGGCUGCCUCGGCCGCUGGUGAUUCAGUAGACAGAAAUACAGUGGAGUUUAUGGAAAGAAGGAUAAAAAAGUUAGAAGCCGACCUGGAGGGCAAAGAUGAAGAAGCCAAGAAAAGCCUCCGCACCAUGGAACAGCAGUUUCAGAAGAUGAAGAUCCAGUACGAACAGCGGCUGGAGGAGCAGGAGCAGCUGCUUGCCCACAGACUGAAGGAAGCGCCACAGAACCAGCGCAACAGCUCAUCCAGGCUUAAGGCCCUUGAGACAGAACUGGGGGAGGUAAAGGAAGCCCAUCAGGUCACCGUAAAAAAGCUGGAAGCAGAAAUCGAUGUGCUUAAGCAUCAGAACGCCGAGUUAGAACACAAGAAGGGUGACAAGGAGGAUCAGGACCUCCAGUCCUUAGAAUUGCAGGUAGAGCAGGCGCACGCGAAAGCACAGCUGGCGAGACUCAACGAAGAACUGGCCGCCAAAGGGAGAGAGAUCCAAGACCUCUCGAGAACUGUGGAGAGGCUCCAGAAGGAGCGGAGGAUGAUGCUGUCCAGGCAGAGCCCCAGGAGCAGGGAGGAAACGUCCGCCAAAAGGCCAAAGAAAGAAGUUCUGCACCCAAACAGAGGGAAUGCAAAUUCCUUCCCUGAAACCCUAGAUGCCAAACUGUACCACCCCCACACCUUUACUGACUCUGAUGUUUCGGAGGUUCUACAAGAAAACUAUAGAUUGAAAACAGAGCUAGAGGGGUUGGUUUUAGAGAGAGAUAAGCUGAAGAUGGACUCGGAAGCAGCAGUGUACCAAUUUGAAAACUCCAUGAGAAGGGUCAAGGACGACACUGCAGCACACAUCGCGUCCCUCAAAGAGUCUCAUCAGAGGGAAAUAGAGAAACUCCUUUGCCAGAAUGCAGUAGAAAACUCCUCUUCCAAAGUAGCUGAACUGACUCGAAAAAUCACAACUCAAGAGGUACUUAUAAAACAUUUCCAAGGUCAAGUUAAUGAGCUGCAGGGUAAACAAGAAUCCCUUGCACUUUCUCAAGUUCGAGAAGAAAUCCUACAGAAACAGAUUACAAAACUCUUGGAUGAAUUGAAAGAAGCCAAAGAAAACCACACCCCAGAGAUGAAACACUUCAUGGGCUUAGAGAGGAAGAUCAAGCAGAUGGAGAUGAGGCAUAAGCAGAGGGAGCAGGAGCUCCAGCAGAUAAUACAGCAAACACGCCAAGUAGUGGAAAGUGAGCAAAGCAAGGAGGUUGAGAAGUGGAAGAGACUGGCACAGCUGAAGAAUCGGGAGCUGGACAAGUUCCGCGCAGAACUAGACUCCAUGCUGGACGUCCUGCGGGAGCUGCACCGCCAGGGGGUGGUUGUGCCGGUUGCUCUUGCGGACGAAGUAAACACGGCGAAGUUUUAGUCGCAGCUUGGAUCCGAGUGACCUCGUGGGAAGACAGAUGAAAACGUGCCACUGUCGGGACAGCUUUUGAAAAAUAAGGCUCUAUUACACAGACUUGUGUGACAGCAGGAGUAGCAAUGCUAGCCAGAAUAAACUGCCCUGAACCCACAAGGAAAAGAACAUAUGUCAGUCGUGGUGUGGUUUACUGAAAACCCUUAACUGGUCACAUUGGAGAUGACUUACGAGCAGGUUCCAUAAUGUCGGAAGACCACAACUAGCAAGGUUUGUUACAGAAGGUCUCACUCCCAGGCUAUAACGGAAGGAGAGCGGGGCUCGUCCUCAGCCACAUUUUAUAGAUUAAAUGUGUACUUCUCAUUAUCCAUAGGACAAGAAAGCAGCUCUUUCUCAUGAAAUGGGAGAGGGAUGUGAGCUGCAUGCUGGGGACAGUCUCAUCAACUACCAGCUGAGCUACAGAGAUCUCAGUAAUUUAAAUGACAGUUGUGACUUCUAUACAGGGAAACAGCAAGGUCUCUUGGGUGUUUUGGACCUAAUAUAAAUUGACAACUAUUGGCAUGGUUUGAUGUAUCCAUUACUAGGCCAGGUCUAGUAAAUGACAGUCCUAGUUUUUGGCAGCUCUAAAAUUAUAAACAAUAUUAGAAGUUUUACCUUUUCUGUUGAAAAAGAAAUACUAUGUACAUUAGAAAAAAUAAAAAUAGCUGUAGCUGAUCUUUACAGUCCCAUUUUUUAAAGCAGAUCAGAAACGUGUGAGAUGAUGGUAAAUCAAAGCUGCAGCCAGUUUGCCUUCAAGGAUCUCUCCCAGUCUGUCGUAUAGCCGCUUGCUAUUCAUGGAGACACACUUGGUGUCUGUCCUGGGUGCUCCUGGUCAUCCCGUCCAUGGAGACACACUUGGUGUCUGUCCUGGGCGCUCCUGGUCAUCCCGUCCAUGGAGACACACUUGGUGUCUGUCCUGGGCGCUCCUGGUCAUCCAGAACACCUGGUUGCUCUUAGCCCCAGGGAGCAUAAGAGCUGCAUAGUAAAUUUUAAUUUUUAGUCACUUACAAGGAACCGUGAACUAAAUCUUUAGAAUAUAUUUUACAUUAAUAACACAUUUUGAUUUGGACUACUUUCUAGCUACAUGUGCCAGUAAAUGCAAUUCUGAGGUAAUACUUGCAAAAUAGAACAUUUCAUAAGGGAUAGAUAGGUGAGUGAGUCUAGUGAAGUCAUGAGCAAAGGCUGUGAAGUGUGUAUAUAUAUAGAUAUAGAUAUAUAGCACCUGUUAAAUACAAGUGUAAUUACUGCCGUAAUGCCAACAUUCUGUAGUGUGUUUUCUUUCUUAGAAAGGAGUAAAAAAGCAUUAUCAUUUUCAAUUUUUUCUUGUACAACAUUUCAAAGUUAUAAUACAAAUAAUUCAUUUUAUUAUUUAGGUGUUGUGUGUUUAUCAGUAUACAUGCCUAUGAAUAUAUAGCUUCCCACCCCACCCUGUCCUUUUGACUGAUUCUGUAUAUGAGUCAUUCAAAGUAUAAAGCUGGUUCUAAAACACAAGGAAAACCUUGCAAGGUCGGUGUUGACUAGUAAGCCAAGUCCAAAUACAUUAUUUCUGUCUGUACAUGGAUGCCCUUGAGGAAUGGGGCUUAGCAUAUCCUGGAGCUGUUGCAAUCUGCUGGUCCCAUCCAGUCUAGACAUCCUUGUCUCAUAAGAUGGGCUGCUGCAGUGGUCUAGAGAAUGCACAGGAGAGGGUGGCAUGCUUAACACCCAGUGGCUCUUCAUGAAGUAAUGGUGUUCAGAGGGCCCUAUUUACUACUGCAUGGUCCCUCAGAAUCUAAUUCUCUUGUUGAGCUUCAUCUUGGAAACAGGUGGAGGCAUCCUGCCUUUAUUGGUGCAAAUGUGUUUAGAGGCUAAGAUGGCGUAACAGUGAGAGAGUAGUGAAGAGCAUAGAACCCAAUUUUUAAUAGCAGUAGGAUGGAGGCUAUGACCCUACAGUUUGGGGUGACAUGGUGUGAAGGCUCUGACAGAGCUCUGGAUGUGGAGCUGCUAAAUUCCAGUGCGAUUUUCUUCCUUUUUGACAGUACGGGGAAUCUGACCCAGAAUGCCAUAGAUGCCAGGCAAGUGCCCUUUUUACUUUUGAGACAGUCUUGCUGUGUGUUCCAGGUUUAAGUCCGACUUGAAAUCCUCCUGCCUUGUUCUCCUCAGUGCUAGGGCUACAAGUGUGUAUCACCCAAGUGGGCUCCAAUGAGAGCUUUUCUUUCUGAUGGUGCUGCUGUUUUAGUUUUCAGACAGGAUCUCAUCUAGUUCAGUGCUGGGAUUUGAAUCCAGAGCUUUGUGCAUGCAGACAAGCACUCUGAGCUACACAUCCCCAGCCUGAUGAACUCUAUUAAGAAGUAGGCAAUAGCAGCAGCUUUUCACCACAAGAGGGAAUUAACCUUGCAUUGACUCAAACAUUAAUGACCUUUUCUAAGGCAAGUGCCAAGCAAGAUGAUGCUGGUUUACUUUGGGGCAGAGAGCCACCAACCCUGGUUGCUUCUACACCUGUAAAUGGGCUUAAAUCCCAAUAAGCUCCCAAAGGUGAAAUACAAACUGUGACCCACAAAGAGGUGUGAGUUUUCUAAUUUAUACAAGUAGAACCCGAGGGAUUAAUGGGAAAAUGCAUAUGAAGGAAUAUUAAGUUGGAUCAGACCAAACAUAGUGAUAAGCAUCCACAAAAGCAGAGAUUCUGAAUAAAGAACUCAUCAAAUUGGGGAUGUAGCCCCAUCAACAGAGUGCUUAUCUAGUAUGCACAAAGACCUGGAUUCAAAUCCCAGCACUGGAAUAGAUGAGAUCCUGUCUCAAAACUAAAUUUUGCAUUUCAAGGACUUCUAACAGUUUGUUUGGCUGAAACAUGGAUCAAAAACAGCUGAUAACAAACUGGAACUGUUUAGGGAUAGAAUGUUACCAUGUAAUUGUCACUUACAUGUAUUAAUAUGCUGCAAGGGUUGUGGGAGGCCAGCUCCCACCUUUUGAAGGGUUCUUAUGAGAGAGGGAUAAGAAAAUAUUACCUAGAAAGAGACCUGGAAGAUAAGACAGACAAAAACACAGGACAGCUUCAGGAGGGCC